AUGUACCAACAAGGUUCCGCAUCGCGCAUGGAUUCACUGAAAAUUGAGGUUAAGCUGACUCGCCAUGAGGGUGACAUCUGCCCAGCGACCAACUGGCAGCAGUGGUUUCGGGUCGGCAUUCUUGAAGAGCCGGACACUUUUCUCUGCUUCAUGCUCAGAUUCGAAGGUCUCUUUCGCCGUCUGCUCAGCGAAGAGUUGGCCCAUCACCUCCCGGCGCCGCUGGUCGUGCCGCAGCUGCUCCCGUUCGGCCGGCCGACCGGAUUAGAGACCAAGUCCCCCGCGACGACAAUCGGUGCGUCUAGCGAUGACGACUGCGGACCCGACGGACAUGAGUGCAGAGGCCGGGACUCGACUCCGGUCGACGAGCUCUACAGUCGGUUGGCGAGGAGCCGAGGUUGGGACGAGGCUGGCGAGAGUGACGAGGGUGAGGAGGCGGCGAGUCUGUUCGAUUGCAUCGUCGAUGCGGACCGGGCUCGACUGGUACCCUUUUGGCUGCGCCCGACCGGACCGCUUGGCAACCUCGACUGGCCCGAGGAGCAGGCGAGUCUAUUGCCUCGACUACACCGUCUGAUGGGAGCCUGGAAGGGACACUUUUUGCCGACACCUUAUCAUGUGGGUACACGCAUUAGUCUCUCUUCCUACUCCUUCUCCUCCCCCUUUUCCUACUUCUCCUCCUCCUCCUCCUCCUCCUCCUCCUUGUCCUCCACCUAA